CCACAUGAUCUCCAGUGAAUCACAUGAGUAACCUGGGCUUUCUAGCAGUGAAAUAGCUGCAGUCUAUAAAGGGAAGAGGUUAUUACUUUUUCUCUGAGAAGAACAUAAAAAUGAGACUAGUAAUUCUUGAAGAUUAUGCCUUGGCCAGUGAAUGGGCUGCGAAAUAUAUACGCAACAGGAUUAUUCAAUUCAGACCUAAUUCAGAUAAAUAUUUUACAUUAGGAUUACCUACAGGAAGUACACCUUUGGGUUGUUACAAAAAAUUAAUUGAGUACCACAAAAAUGGAGAUCUCUCCUUUAAAUAUGUCAAAACCUUCAAUAUGGAUGAAUAUGUAGGUCUUCCUCGGGACCACCCAGAAAGUUACCAUUCCUACAUGUGGAACAAUUUUUUUAAACACAUUGAUAUUAAUCCUGCCAAUGCCCAUAUUCUUGAUGGGAAUUCACAUGAUUUGCAAGCUGAAUGUGAUGCAUUUGAAGAAAAGAUUUCAAAAGCAGGUGGAAUUGACCUUUUUGUUGGAGGCAUUGGACCUGAUGGACACAUUGCUUUCAAUGAACCUGGGUCCAGCCUUGUGUCUCGGACCCGCGUGAAGACUCUAGCUAAGGACACAAUAGUAGCCAAUGCAAGGUUCUUUGGAAAUGACCUAACCAAAGUUCCUACUAUGGCAUUAACUGUGGGAGUUGGAACGGUUAUGGAUGCAAGAGAGGUAAUGAUUUUAAUCACUGGGGCCCACAAAGCUUUUGCCUUAUAUAAAGCAAUUGAAGAAGGAGUCAAUCACAUGUGGACAGUUUCUGCAUUCCAGCAGCACCCACACACCAUUUUUGUCUGUGAUGAAGAUGCCACUUUAGAACUGAGAGUGAAGACUGUCAAGUACUUCAAAGGGUUAAUGCAUGUACACAAUAGGCUUGUGGAUCCACUGUACAGUAUGAAGGACUACAAGAAUUGAAGAAGGAUUUUAGUUCCUCCUUAGGUAAAUAAAGGGGGGAAAAUAUGUAUUUUCCCUCAAAAGACCUAUGCAACAAAUAGUGAACGGUGAAAAAAUGUCUAUGUUCUAGAGUAACUAGCUGUCCUGUAUAAUCACAAUAUAAUGGGGUCAAGGGAUUUGUAGUACAUAUAUUCCAAUUGUGAGUAGGAUGUGUGUAUUGCUUUAUAAAACCCAUAGUGCAUCACUCAUUUGUUAGUGUCUGCACCAAGAUGCAAUGUCUAUAGAUUGGAGUGUAAAACAUGUUUUACUAGCCUUGUCAUAUAACACAGAAAAGUAAACUCACAAAAAAUAGCAUACAUAUUUCAGUAUUUGUAAUCUUUGUCUUAUUUCAAGUACAAUAUAUUAGAAUGAGCUUUUUCUGUCUUUUGAAAAGUCCAAUUGAUUAAACAUUUCUGACUUUGUUUCUAAACUAUUACAUACCUUUGUGCUUCUGCACAUAUGAUCUUUUUUUUGUACAGCACCUCCCAUUGGAGCCAGACUUGUUUCCUGUUGGUAAAUUGAUAUGGUGCAUUUCCUGUUUAAUACCCUGCUGUAGUUUAUAAUGUAGGUAUAAAAUUACCUUCACAAUUAAAAUUGUAGAAAAAAUGUUCAGCUACAAAUGUCAAAAUAAACUAUAAAGUGAGUAUUCUGCAACCUUUCUAGGAAUUAUUGAGAAAAAUGCCCUUGGUAAAACAGCAACACUGAUAUUGUUUUGUAUUUAAAAAAUAGUUCAAGCUGGUCUUGUUCCAUUAUUUAAUGCAGCAGUCUUUAAGAUACACUCCCCUGCUUGUAAGUACUUUAUAUAAAGUCAACAGGAGCCCUACUGUUUUUUACAGUGUUCAGAAUGUCUUACUGUUUAACAUUGAGAUCAUAUUUGAAUAUAUUUUUAUUUUGCUUACAAAAGAAGAUGUGUGUACCCUGGAGUGUUUUUCAGCAUAGCAUUUAUAACUAAAGAGCUUGUAUAUUCUGUUUUUCAUUCUUAGGAAAAGUAUUGUUUACAUUCACGAUAGCACAAAAUCGAACACUUAUUUUAAAUGUAUGCUUUUUAUUGAACUUACAGAUGCAGAUUACAUUAAGAAUUGUUCACAAACUUAAAAUUAUACAGUUAAUAAAGUCACAUCAUUUCUGAUAUCUUUUCUUACCCUUUCUAGUAAAAGUGGAAAAGGUUUGCAAAACCCCUGCAGACCCCUGUCUGUUUUUCACACUUGCAACUAAUUAUUUGCCACCCUAAUAAAGUAACUCAAGAUAUUUUAUUUUGCAGCCCUCUGUAAUUCUGGCCCUUUAUAGUAAGAUUCCUUUCUAAGUUAAAUCACACAAAAAAGUUAUGUAACUGUUUAAGGUCUAAUAUCAAGGUCUAAUAUUUGUAUUAUAAUACCAGUAUACAUCAGUUUGAUAACAGAAGUCAUACUUUUAUCAUGUACUGUAUUUGAAUAACAAGACAUACAUUUUUGAAUGAUUGUCAUUUCUUGAUAUAAAAUAUUAAGAGCUUUAAAUAGAAGGCAUGCAGUAACUGCUGAGACCAUGCUUUGAGAUGGUCAAGUGGGAGAAAUGCAUAUAUGCUUUACAAAUCAUAGGCCUGGGCUUUUAACAUUGGCCAUUUAUUUGUUAACCUUUGAGCAGUAUCACUAGGGACAUUCACAUAAGUAGCCUUUUUGUAUUUCUGAUGGUCUUUGGUAUCUAAAUGAUGUUGAGAAUUCAGUUGAGCAUGCAGAAAACUGAAAUAUGGGUCCUGCUGUAGCAGUGCAGAGGUGCUUUUGGAUGCUUGAAAAACAUUCUGUGCUAUUGCUCCUUCCAUGGUUGCACGAUGAGGCCAAAACCAUAAACUAGACUUACUGUAUGUACAUACCAAAUAAUAGUAGCUUCACAAUAGUAAAAGAGCCUUGUGAAUAAUGACAUUUUUCUCAUUACUGCUGUCUUGAAUGUAUUCUGCCUUUUAGUUUUCAUGUGUUUAUAAUUACGACCACAGCUGGAAGGCCAAAAUUCUUUCGCUUUUAUUUUAAAAUAAAAAUGUUUAGAGCUCUAUUCAUUAUUUACACAAAACCUGCCUUUAAGAUCAUGCUGAAUUGAGCUAAACAUGCUACCUAUAAUUAUGGCUGUGACUUGAGCAUUUUAAAUGAAUGAAUUGAUUGCCAAUACAACUUCAUGAGUAAUUGAAACCGUUGAUCCUAAAAGGAAACAUAUUGUCUUACAUCAAGGAAGUGUGGAAAUUGUAACUGCAGAGGAUGUGCCGCAUUACAUAAGAAAUCUAGUGUAUUUAUCAUUACCAUCAAGGGAGUCUUAAAAAUGUCUAAACCAGGUUUCUUCAGUUUUGGUGCCUAGUUGCUUAGGUGUUCAUUUACAAUACUUCUAACACUUGUUGUACUGUAGACUUUUAGGACAAGCUUAGUUUGAUCGCAAAAGUCAGCCCAGGUGCACCUAAAGAAUAAAGUGCCAUUCUUGUUUGAAAACCAUACUAUCAUCUGAUUGAUGCCUGUAAUCUCACAUUACUGAUGCUAAGACCCUUAUUACUAAUAAGAAAAUUGUUUAUGUUGUGUGUAGUGUUUGUAUUGCAAUUGUUAAUAAAUAUUAUUGUGCCUGAAUUAUUGCUUUUUUCCCACCAAAACUGUGCCAGAGAACUAAACAUGCACAUGCCUCUAUACUCAGCUAUUGAUCAAAACAAGUGUCUGUUUUAUAUUAGUUAAUUAAAUUCUUGGUUAAUCAUUUAAGAGCCAUCAACAGUCCAGUAACACUAAAAAGACAGGGAAAGAGAGGGAAUGACACAGGACAGACAGAAAGGCAUAAGGAGAGAGAAGUGAGAGUAAUGAUUGGGACAGGCGAUAGGUCUUUGUUCCAAUCAUUAGAUUCGAGUAAAGUAUUUGAACAUUCUUAAGAGAGUUUUCUAUUUAGGAAAACUCUUUGAUUUCCUGUAUAAAGAAUCCCUAAGUUAAAAACUCCUGGUUAGUGGAUGCAUUUUUAGAUUAGGGAUAGAUUUUUUAAAAUCUCCAGAUUUUUAGAGACUUAACUGUAUGCCUGAUUUUGUUUAGCUUAGAAGGCAUGUUUUUCUUUGUUGUUCGCCUUUGUAGGAGUGAUAUAGGAUCCUUGAAUGUUGUAUUAUGUGCUGUGUUCUUAGUGUGAGUUACUGUCAUUAUUAAUAAAUAUUUGUUUAACCCA